UAGAACCCCCCGCCGUGCCCCGUCCCAAGGCAGUCGCCAGUUCAUAACUGCGACUUAAAAGUAUCUUCUUCGCGACCCUUCUCCGUCGCGAUUUGGGGGAGGAGAUUUAGGCUCUCCACUGCUUUCUUCGAUCCUCGGACUAGGUGUAGGUUGCCUUUCAAUUCUCAAAGAAGGAUCAGCUCUGCAAAUUAUCUUUGGGGGGCUAAAUUAUGGAUAGUAUGAAGCCACUGAGCGGAGAAUUGAGCAAUUCGUUUGAUACUCUUAUGGUUUCUGGUGGUGUCGAGAUUAGGCAGGCUCAGAAUGGUGGCACUGAAACCAGCUUAACAGAUUGGAAAGACCUUCCCAUGGAGCUGCUCCUGCGGAUUAUGUCAAUAGUUGGAGAUGACAGGAUGGUCAUCGUUGCUUCCGGUGUAUGCACAGGGUGGCGCGAUGCAUUAGGUUGGGGAGUUGCAAAUCUUUCACUCUCAUGGUGCCGAGAUCACAUGAAUGACUUAGUGAUAUCACUGGCUCACAAAUUCACAAAGCUGCAAGUUCUAUCUCUACGGCAGAUCAAGCCUCAGCUUGAAGACAGCGGUGCUGAGGCCGUGGCAAACCACUGUCAUGAUCUGCGCGAGCUGGAUCUCAGCAGAAGCUUUAGGCUUAGUGACCGGUCCUUGUACGCUCUGGCCCAUGGGUGCCUGAACCUCACAAGGCUCAACAUCAGCGGGUGCUCCAAUUUCAGCGACGCGGCUUUAGUGUUCCUCAGUAGCCAGUGCAAGAGCCUCAAAUGUCUGAAUCUGUGCGGGUGUGUGAGGGCAGCGUCUGACAGAGCACUUCAGGCCAUCGCCUGUAACUGCGGCCAGCUGCAAUCGUUGAACCUGGGCUGGUGCGAUAGCAUCACUGACAAGGGAGUGACCAGCUUGGCGUCAGGGUGCCCUGAACUCAGGGCUGUGGACUUGUGUGGCUGUGUUCUCAUAACAGAUGAGAGUGUGGUUGCGCUGGCGAACGGCUGCCCUCACCUACGGUCCCUGGGGUUGUACUACUGCCAGAACAUCACGGACCGCGCCAUGUACUCGCUGGCGGCGAACGGCUGCGUGAGGAGCCAGGGCCGGGGCUGGGACGCGGCGCAGAGCGGUGGCGGCAGCAAGGAUCGGGACGGCCUGGCGAGCCUGAACAUCAGCCAGUGCACGGCACUGACCCCGCCGGCGGUGCAGGCGGUGUGUGACUCUUUCCCGGCGCUGCACACGUGCCCGGAGCGGCACUCGCUCAAUAUCAGCGGGUGCCUCAGCCUCACCUCCGUGCACUGCGCCUGCGCGCUCCACCCGCACCGCGCUGGGCGAGCCAUCCUCUCCAACCAUGCCUACUGAAAUCCGUGGAUCAGGCCACAGGAGACGUAGCGUCGGAUCUGCGGCGUGGUUUGGCGCGUGAUUGUGGAGCGGUGAGGAGAGCCGUCUGUUGUAUUAGAAUCUAGGAGUGCUUGAGCUGGGUAGUUGGUACUUGUGUGCGCGUUGGAGAUGUGUGUGUUGGUGUUGGGCACCCAGAACUUGGGCUGUAGAAGCGACGGGGCCGAGCUUCUUGUCUGCAAAAUUAUGGACUGUGCUCUGUACAUGUGGUCUUUGCUUUUGAGAUCUGCUCGCUCGUGGGCAA